CCCCGGCGGACCCGGCAACCCGAGGCUGCGGCCGGGCGGCGGUUGUGAGCCCGAGGCGGCCGCUCGUGACGCCGGACGCGCCGCCUGAUGCCGCGGCCCCGCCGCCCGAGCCCCGCUUUCUCCGACGCCAGGCCGCGAGCAGAUGCAUCACAGGAUGAAUGAAAUGAACCUGAGCCCAGUGGGGAUGGAGCAGCUGACUUCAUCCUCUGUGAGCAAUGCUUUGCCUGUCUCGGGAAGCCACCUGGGCUUGGCUGCCUCCCCCACUCACAGUGCCAUCCCUACCCCAGGCCUUCCUGUGGCAAUUCCAAACCUAGGUCCCUCCUUGAGCUCUCUGCCUUCUGCUUUGUCUCUGAUGCUCCCAAUGGGUAUUGGGGAUCGAGGGGUGAUGUGUGGGUUACCUGAAAGAAACUAUACCCUACCUCCACCACCGUACCCUCACCUGGAGAGCAGUUACUUCAGAACCAUUCUACCUGGUAUUCUGUCUUAUUUAGCUGACAGGCCACCUCCUCAGUACAUCCACCCCAACUCUAUAAAUGUGGAUGGUAAUACAGCACUAUCGAUUGCCAAUAACCCUUCAGCACUAGAUCCCUAUCAAUCCAAUGGAAAUGUUGGAUUAGAACCAGGCAUUGUUUCAAUAGACUCUCGUUCUGUGAACACACAUGGUGCCCAAAGUCUUCAUCCUAAUGAUGGCCAUGAGGUGGCGUUGGACACAACAAUCACUAUGGAGAAUGUUUCCAGGGUUACCAGCCCAAUCUCUACUGAUGGAAUGGCAGAGGAGCUAACAAUGGAUGGUGUUGCAGGCGAGCAUUCUCAAAUUCCAAAUGGCUCCAGAAGUCAUGAACCUCUCUCUGUGGAUUCUGUGAGCAACAACCUGACAGCAGACCCUGUAGGACAUGGCGGUGUGCUACCUAUUCAUGGGAAUGGCCUGGAGCUCCCUGUGGUCAUGGAGACAGACCACAUUGCAAGUCGGGUCAGCGGGAUAUCGGACAGUGCCCUCAGUGACUCCAUCCACACCGUGGCUAUGAGCACCAACUCUGUAAGCGUGGCACUCUCUACCUCACACAACCUUGCCUCCCUAGAAUCUGUUUCCCUUCAUGAAGUUGGCCUCAGCCUAGAACCUGUGGCUGUCUCCUCCAUCACCCAGGAGGUUGCUAUGGGAACAGGUCAUGUAGAUGUAUCUUCAGACAGUCUUUCUUUUGUACCAUCUUCACUGCAAAUGGAAGACUCCAAUUCAAACAAGGAAAACAUGGCAACCUUGUUUACAAUUUGGUGUACUCUCUGUGACCGAGCCUACCCCUCAGACUGCCCCGAACACGGACCAGUGACUUUUGUUCCUGACACGCCAAUAGAGAGCAGGGCACGACUUUCACUCCCAAAGCAGCUGGUUCUACGCCAGUCGAUUGUGGGAGCAGAAGUUGGUGUUUGGACGGCAGAAACCAUUCCUGUGCGGACUUGCUUUGGGCCUCUAAUUGGUCAGCAAAGUCACUCUAUGGAAGUCGCAGAGUGGACAGACAAGGCGGUUAACCAUAUCUGGAAGAUAUACCACAGUGGUGUCCUAGAGUUCUGCAUCAUUACAACUGAUGAGAAUGAAUGUAAUUGGAUGAUGUUUGUGCGCAAAGCCAGGAACCGUGAAGAACAGAAUUUGGUUGCUUAUCCCCAUGAUGGAAAAAUUUAUUUCUGCACCUCACAAGACAUCCCACCUGAAAACGAACUGCUCUUCUAUUAUAGUCGGGAUUAUGCUCAGCAGAUGGGUGUUCCUGAACACCCUGAUGUGCACCUCUGUAACUGUGGCAAGGAGUGCAAUUCCUAUUCAGAGUUCAAAGCGCACCUGACUAGCCACAUCCACAAUCAUCUCCCUGGCCAGGGCCACAGCAACAGCCACGGGCCGGGCCACAGCAAAGAACGGAAGUGGAAGUGUUCCAUGUGCCCUCAGGCUUUUAUCUCUCCUUCCAAGCUCCACGUGCACAUCAUGGGCCACAUGGGAAUGAAGCCCCACAAGUGCGAUUUCUGUAGCAAGGCCUUCAGUGACCCCAGCAACCUGCGGACCCACCUCAAGAUACAUACAGGCCAGAAGAACUACAGGUGCAGUUUGUGUGACAAGUCUUUCACUCAGAAGGCACAUCUGGAGUCGCACAUGGUCAUCCACACAGGGGAGAAGAACCUCAAGUGUGACUACUGUGACAAGCUGUUCAUGCGGAGGCAGGACCUCAGGCAGCACGUGCUCAUCCACACACAAGAACGCCAGAUCAAGUGUCCCAAGUGUGAUAAGCUGUUCUUGAGAACAAAUCACUUAAAGAAACACCUCAAUUCUCACGAAGGAAAGCGAGAUUACGUUUGUGAAAAAUGUACAAAGGCUUAUCUAACCAAGUACCAUCUUACCCGCCACCUGAAGACGUGCAAAGGGCCCGCCUCCAGCUCCUCGGCGCAGGAGGAGGAGGAGGAGGACUCUGAGGAGGAGGAUCUUGCAGACUCGGUGGGGUCGGAAGACUGUAGGAUUAGCAGUGCUUUAUACUCCACAGAAGAAUCUCUCGCUGCACAUAAAUGAGAGAGGACACAGUUGCUUUGGGCCGAAACACAAAAGGGAACGACACAUUAGGCAGUUACCCACUACAGCGGUUUUUAUCCCACAUGGUUUCUGAUUUCCUUCCAGCCAACAGUGAGAACCAGACUGGGAACGGAUAAAGCACUUAGGAGGGGCGGCGUCCAGUGCAAACAUCUGCAAAGUGACGGGCGGGCGGGGGAGAGCCAGCUGUUCUUCACUGAAUUUUGGAAAUGGAUUUAUGCCUCAGUGUAGCCUUCUGCUGAA